CGUCCUUGAUCAUUCAUCCAUAUUAAUUAUGUCUAUAAAUGUACAAAUACUCUAUCAAGUCAGUUGCAUUUGGCAGCCACCAUUUAGCUCAAUCUUAGAAUGCUUCUUUAUUCUUACACAUUCCUGAUUGUCUAUCACCUUCAUGGAAAAGCAGAAAGCACUCUAUGCCAACUGCUGGGAGACCCAAAAUAUCCUCUGUUGUCCAAGGAUGGGGACAUAACUAUUGGAGGAGUUUUUGCAAUCAACAGAAAAGAAACAUUACCGUCAUUUGAGUUUAUACAAAAGCCUCAGCUUCUAUCAUGCUCCAGUGUGAAUAUAAGAGAUUUCCGGCUGUCUCAGACUAUGAUCUUUACAAUUGAGGAAAUAAACAGAAGUGAAAAUUUGCUCCCAAAUGUUUCUAUUGGCUACAAAAUCUAUGAUACCUGUGGAUCAAGAAUGUCGUCUAUGAGUGCAACUAUGGCAGUGAUGAAUGGUCAGGAGUUUGCAUCAGGAGACAGAUGCAAUGGACAGCCUCCUAUACAUGCUAUUAUAGGGGAAUCAGAGUCCUCUGCCACAGUGAUUUUGUCCAGAACCACAGGACCUUUCAAAAUUCCAGUGAUAAGUCCUUCAGCCACAUGUGAGUGUCUCAGUAAUAGGAAAGAUUACCCUUCAUUCUUCAGGACUAUUGCUAGUGAUUAUCACCAGAGCAGGGCACUUGCACUCUUGGUCAAGCAGUUUGGCUGGACUUGGGUUGGAGCUGUAAACAGUGACACUGAUUAUGGGAACAACGGAAUGGCCAUAUUUCUGAAUACAGCGCAGGAGGAGGGGAUUUGUGUAGAGUACUCUGAGAAAUUUUACAGAACAGAGCCUGAAAAAUUACAAAAAGUGGUAAACACAAUGAAAAAAGCAACCGCGAAAGUGAUUGUUGCAUUUGUUUCAUUUAUUGAGAUGGGAUUACUAAUUGAGCAACUUAGUAUCCAAAACAUUACAGGCCUCCAAAUAAUUGGCGUGGAGGCAUGGAUAACAUCAAAGAAUUACAUCACUCAAAACACUUUUCAUGUGAUGAAAGGGUCACUGGGCUUUGCAGUAAGAAAAACAAAAAUUGAAGGGUUUUUAGAUUAUGUUAUUAAAACAUUUUGGGACACAGCUUUUCCAUGCUCAGAAAGAGAUGGAAAUUCAUCUCAAAAUACAGGAAGUUGCAGCAGAUAUCAGGAUCUACUAUCACUGAAAAAUUACAAUGAAGAUGUGCUUGAACAAAGAUAUUCAAGUAAUGUCUAUAAAGCAGUGUAUGCUGUGGCUUAUGCAUUACACAGUCUGCUAAAGUGCAAAGAACAAGAAGGUUGUGAGAAAAGCCUAAAAAUAAAACCACAGCAGGUGGUUGAGGCUCUGAAAAAUGUAAACUUUGCUGUAGAAAUGGGUGAUCGUGUGUGGUUUGACAGCACUGGUGCUGCAGUAGCCCAGUAUGAAGUUGUGAACUGGCAGCAGGACUCGGAUGGAUCAUUUCAGUUUAAACCAGUGGGUUUCUAUGAUGCCUCAUUGCCCUCUCACCAACGCUUGGUUCUUAAUACUAAAAACAUAAUCUGGGCUGGAGGAAGUUUGGAGAAGCCAAAGUCUUUGUGCAGUGAGAGUUGUCCUCCAGGCACUAGGAAGGCCGCACAGAAAGGAAGACCUGUCUGCUGUUAUGACUGUAUUACAUGUGCAGAUGGAGAAAUCAGUAAUGAGACAGAUUCAAAUAACUGCCAGCAGUGUCCAGGGGAAUACUGGUCUAAUACUGAGAAUACUGAAUGUGUGUUAAAGGCUGUAGAGUUUCUGUCAUUCACAGAAGUUAUGGGUAUAGUGUUAGUCUUUUUCUCUCUGUUUGGAGUAGGAAUAACUGUACUGGUGGCCAUCCUGUUUUACAGUAAGAAGGACACUCCCAUAGUAAAAGCCAACAACUCAGAGCUGAGCUUCCUGUUGCUCUUCUCAUUGACUUUGUGUUUUCUCUGUUCACUUACUUUCAUUGGUCGCCCCACUGAGUGGUCCUGUAUGUUGCGUCACACAGCGUUUGGGAUCACUUUUGUCCUCUGUAUCUCCUGUGUUCUGGGGAAAACAAUAGUGGUAUUAAUGGCAUUUAAGGCCACACUUCCAGGAAGUAAUGUCAUGAAAUGGUUUGGGCCUGCACAACAGAGACUCAGUGUUUUUGCCUUUACUCUCAUACAAGUUCUUAUCUGUGUGCUUUGGCUAACAAUAUCUCCUCCUUUCCCCUAUAAAAAUAUAAAACAUUAUAAGGAGAAGAUCAUUCUUGAAUGCAAUCUGGGUUCUACUAUAGGUUUCUGGGCUGUGUUUGGUUAUAUUGGCCUACUGGCUGUCUUGUGCUUCAUUCUGGCUUUUCUGGCUCGAAGGCUUCCUGAUAACUUUAAUGAAGCUAAAUUCAUCACAUUCAGUAUGCUCAUAUUCUGUGCUGUAUGGAUCACAUUUAUCCCAGCUUAUUUCAGUUCACCUGGAAAAUUUACUGUAGCUGUUGAGAUAUUUGCUAUUUUAGCUUCAAGCUUUGGUUUACUGUUCUGCAUAUUUGCACCUAAAUGUUAUAUUAUCUUGUUUAAACCUAAACAAAAUACAAAGCAACAUAUGAUGGGAAAAACACAAACUAAGUCCUUCUGA